AUGACGACCAUCCGCCGCUUCUGCUGCGACGACCUCCUCCGCUUCGCCUCCGUCAAUCUCGACCACCUCACCGAAACCUUUAACAUGUCGUUUUACAUGACGUACCUCGCGCGGUGGCCCGACUACUUCCACGUCGCGGAGAGCCCCGGAAACCGGAUCAUGGGUUACAUUAUGGGUAAAGUUGAAGGGCAAGGUGAAUCUUGGCAUGGCCAUGUAACUGCAGUUACUGUUGCUCCAGAAUAUAGGAGACAGAAACUAGCUAAGAAGCUCAUGAACUUACUAGAGGAAAUUAGCGACAAGAUGGAUAAGGCUUACUUUGUGGAUCUCUUUGUGAGGGCAUCGAACAUGCCGGCCAUCAAAAUGUAUGAAAAGCUUGGCUAUGUGGUUUAUCGAAGGGUGCUGCGAUAUUACUCUGGAGAAGAAGAUGGGCUAGAUAUGAGGAAGGCAUUGUCGCGAGAUGUCGAAAAGAAAUCCAUUAUCCCACUCAAAAGAGCCAUCACGCCCGACGAACUCGAGUACGACUGAUUUUAACCUCCACUAUUUCUUGUUUACUUUUAUUUGGUAUUUGAGAAUUUGCUAAAAAUAGUUGCUUCUGAACUCAUGGUGACCCUUACAUACAUAUAUAUAUAUAUAUAUGCAAUACAUACGCUGAAAAUAUGAUGCUUGUAUCGAAUCGAAUCUGGUUUAAACCACUCUGUCGAAGAUCACUUUGGAGAUAUGGGUAUUGAGAGUGGCGUAAGGGCAAUGGGCAAGAUAAUAGAAGCUUUUCACUACACUCAGGAAUGUUUGCUUGGUCUUGUUGUUGAGGUUAUUGGAACUUUGGAGAACACACUGAACUAGCUCUUGCAUCCCUGAAUCAACUUCCUCGUCGAUUUUGUUUACGAUUGUGUCCUUCUCUGCCGCGCCCUGGUCAGAUGGAAUGAAUGAGAUUAACUCAGCAGUUAGAAGAAAAUGGAGAUUACUAAAUUACUAACAGAGUAUUUCUCUAAGCCAUGAAAUGAAACAAACUGAACUUUGCUCAUGCACUGUUAAACAUGGUUCUGAGUCUUCUGACAGCCAAUUAGUAUAAUAAGAUCAGAUGGCAAAAAUAGAAUGUUAAUGAAA